GGAGAAUCUGAACCAGUUUACAUAACUUCACAUCAACAAGUAAACCCACUGCAAAUUUCCGUUCCAAAUUACUAAACGGCGCGUUCGAGUCAACAGACGGUAUUCAAAUGCGCCACCGACUCGUACCAGCAAUUUAUAGCGUAUUAAUUUCAUCCGGAGUCUUAUAACUUACGAAAUCACAUGUAAGCAGGCAACUGCAUAUCGAAACUCACAAAUCAAACUGUCAAUUUCCGCAGUUCGGAGACCGUCUGCGUGUGUUAAACGCUGGCUUUUGACAGUGGAGACUCGCCGUGGUGUCCAUUCAAGAGUGGUCGUGUGUGUACUCCGUUGAGCGUCAAUAAAGCGAAUCUCAACGCGCCUCUAGCAUUAUAACCCGUGGAAUGAGCCUUGGUGAAUGGAGACGGUUACCCUAAGCUCCCUCGGUUUAGCUUUCAGCGGUACAAACUGACGAUCCCCGAGUCGUUGUAAGGAUCUCGCAGACAGAGACAGUGCUGAAGGAUAUAUCGCUGUUAUACCACAGCGGUGGGACGUCACGAGCGACGUGGAGAAGUGGUGCUGGAGUUAUACAUCUAUUUCAUCACGUUGUUUGUGAUACUACACGGUCACAGAUCGGAGUACCUCGUGUGACUGCUGACAUCGCGGACACUGUCAACUGGAGUAGUCUUCGAUGCAUCUGUAACACACGCAACUCCAGAAUGGGUGAAAAGUUGGCAAGUUAUUUGCUAAACAGGGAACGCGGCGGGGGAUAGGAGGACGAAUUACGCAUUCCCGCCACAGCGGAGAUACACCGCGCGUGCGUGUGAAGGGCCGUGUGACAGACGAUACCAGCACGUGGGUUGGAAUCGGAAGUUUUCAAGGACAUUCCGGUUUCAAAACCACAGAAUUCUCAAACUGUGCGUUAGCGUUACAUGAAAGUGAAGUUCAGUGUAAGCUGUUAUUAGGUGAACGUGGUGAGAGGGAAAAGCCAGGAAGAUUGUUGUUGAGCCGAGAGGGCCGUGUUUACAUGCUUCGUCGGUACUGUUUCCCACUGCAACGCGGAGUACCGCUACCUGGCUGUGGCUCAUCGCCAGUGCAGUUCGCCGGCAGAGAAUGGACACAUUCGGCUGGAUGUCGGAAGCGCGGAUAGAUUGUUCUUCUGAGGAUAUUGCUUACAGAAACAUUUUCUGGAUCGGAUAGGUGCAGAAACAUUGUGUGUUGGAAGUCGAAAGUGUACUCUUGUCCGUGUUGGAUGACAGGAUGUUAUUCGCCAAACUUUGAAAAUGUUCUGGGUUAUAUGGAACGUUACGGAAUAACUGUGGAAUGUGAAUGACGGUUUAAAACACGAUAUUUCGGGAUAUUACGAAACACCACGAAAGAGAAACUGUUCCUUGUGCAAGUGGUUCAUACCAUGGGAAUCUACGGAGAGGUGUCCAGCAGCGUGUCCUAACUCUUCAAACAGGAUUGUGUUGAUUGUUCAACAAUGGCAGGAAUCGUAACUCACAGUACAAGUUUGAAUUCUUUCUGGUCCAUCAUCUAUUGCCUGUUGGUUUUAGGAGUGCAAAGUUAUGCCAUAUAUGCCGCCGUCGGGCGUUAUAACGAGGCUUCGGAGAGGGCGUGGCCGGGUGGUCAGGACGGAAGACCGGGCGAGGUCUCAGCUCACCUUGCCUUGAUCAUCGUGUCAAUUCUCGUCCUACCCUUCUUCGUAAUAACCUCGUGGGUCCGUGUGGGGAACUACGGUAACGAUGGGAUUAAAUUAGGCCGAGAUCAUGCCUUGAACACCAACAUGGACGCUUUCUGUAAAAAAAUCAAGAAAGCCGGCAUGAAAAGAAUUUGGCAACAUUUUUGUCCCAUGGCGCAAACUUUUCAUUUGAUUUCCGCUUUCUUUCUCGUCCUCCCCGAGACGAUGUUGUCGGCGGUGGAGGUGCAGUACGGCUACAGGACAACAGAUGCUGUGUGGACCAGUGACAUGGACUUCCUGUUCAUGCCGGAGAGAGCCCACAUGAGUGACGUGAAGAGCAGCAUCAACAUCACACAGGCCCACAACGAGACCCUGCUCGUCAUUCCCACGCCUCGCCCCCCUCCCUGGGGCUGGACCAACAAAUACUCCCUCACCGUGGCCUUCGUCAACUUCGCUGCCGCCCUCAUCACCUUCUCCAUCAGAUACUCCUCCGUGUUUUGGUUCACGAACAAGGUCCUCACAGCCAUCUUUGCUUUUCAGAUGUUCUUCAUGUCCUUGACCUCUGUGUUCGGUUAUUGCGGCUUCUCCGUCUUGUACAAAGUCUCCUACAACCUUCAGCUUUACCAGAAUGUUCAUCUGUCGCUUGGAUGUGCCGCAAUUAUUGCCCUGUACGUCAUCGGCGGAAUCAUCAUGAUUCUGUCCACCAUGACAGUGUUUAAAUAUGGCGCACACUACUUCCAGGAAAAGUUCAAAAUCAUCGAACGAAAACAUAACUCGGAGACUUAUGUCAAACAGACUGUCAUAGUUCACAGCGGGUGCCAGGGCUAUAUUCCUCAUUCUUGUGCAAUGGCUGCUCUGAUAUUCUUUGCCGUGUGUAAAGGCCCGAUAUUAUAUGAUUUGGUCAGUGUGUAUCGCGUGACCAAAGACGGUCUAGUCUUGGCCUGUGUGGUCUGUGAGGUGUGUUAUAUGGUGUUCUGGAUUGUUCUUUGGUUCGGGCUGACAAUAAAGCAGCAGUGGAGGUUCCGAAUCCUUGACUAUGUUCCUCUUGGGCAGCCCGUGUUUAUGAUCAACUCCGCCGAGAAUGGUCAUGUGAUGAAGAACCCAUCAUUUGAGACAAACAACAUGGAGUUGCAUGAACUCCACAAAGAGCGACCACCUAGUCGGAACCGACAACGCGAGUCCCCUCCGGGAUAUUUGGAAGCUCUUUCCACAGAAGGAACUGAUGACAUGCCAUCAGAAGAUGGAACGGACAACUCGGACAACAUGAACCUAACCGAAAAUCCAUUAUCCGACAUGGAUCAACCAGCCAAUGGAGGCGCCAUGAGAAAAUCCAAAAACAGGCGUAAUGGAGGACAGAGAGUUACAUUUGACGAAUCUGUUCGCAGCAACGCAUCGUCCGAGGAUGGUAGAAUUAGGGGCAGGGGCGCAGUAAAUGGGCGGACAACUCCAGAAGCGAAGAUGAUGAAUGUCACAGUGGAUGUCCAUAAUGGCGAGGACAAAAGGUCCGGAGGGGACGGUGUUCUGCGGAGGAUGAACAGCGGAACCGACAACAACAUGUCUCGAGAGUACAGAAACAGUAUUAGAAAUAAGUGUGGGGAGUAUUACAGCAAUGUAAAUAAUUUAUCAACAUCAUCAGAGGAAGCUCCUUCUACAUCCAUCUCUGAGCCUCUCCCGACAUUAAUGUCUUCAUUCCGGGACAAGGUCAAGGAAUCUUCAAGGACUGCUAAUAAUUACAAGGAACAGAGUAAGUCCAUGUUCCCAACCACAAACUCUCUGGAGAAGAAAUCCAGCCACAGUUCUUCCAAUGGACAUGUAGACAGCAGCAGCUUGUCGAAGAGGAAGGGGUUGGUGGAAAGUGAGAUUGGGGAGGUGUCUCUGAAACUGAAUGAUAUUCAUCUGGACAAUCUGGACUCUCUUAACAGAUGUAAGAGAAACUCGUCCUGUAACAGUGAUGACUCCAAGAGGACUAGCACGUCUGGUGUCAGUAGUAUGUCAAAUGACAUUCUUCCCUUGCCCAAUUCAAGCAGGCAUCUUGUUAAUGGGACAACGGACAGUCCUGAUAACAGCUUGAAAAAACGGGCAAAGAAUGGCUACCCUCCAUUGGACAAAUCAGAAUACCUCUUUCCAAGACCGCUCCACUUAUCAGUGAAGAAGGGGGAUAUUGGGAGGCGGGAUUCAGCUAAUUAUUCAUUAACGUCAUCACAAGAAACGUCGUCUAACGACUCCGAUCAGGGGCAAGGACUCUGCAGCCAAAAUGGCCACGAUUCCCAGAGCAGCGAGAAACAGCAAUGACUAUACCAGGGGUGAGGGAAACGUUCGACCAAGUCACUUACCACGGAAUGAUGGCUGAGGGUGUGGAUGGCGUGAAUCCUUGCCUGGACAACUGAAGCACGACUGUAGUAUGUCUGUCCUGUAUGUACUGUAUCCAACAUAAGGAAUAUCCCACAUACUCCAGCUGAAAGUAACGUUAUUGGUCAAAGGAUCGAAUCUCUUUGACUGAUAAGAAGCAUAUGUGUGACCAAUGCACUGGAGGUGCCAUGGUUGUCAGGGCCGGACAGGCUAAUGUGAAUGGUUGGACAACUACAAGACACGGGAUGAUUUGCUUGGACACUACACCACGGACACCACGACUUCAUCAUGGGUGAUAUGAACGCUUGCUGAGCAGUGGAAGGGCAAGACAGGUCUGGUGAAGACUUCAAGGGCAGGCUGCGCCAUUGAAGCGGCGUCACACUAGGCGAGUUACGUCGCCACUCGGUAUCACGUCCAAGAAGUCAUUUCGAAUUAUGUCCAUGGAUUAUUUCGUUAUUUUAAUGUCAUCAGGUCCAAAGGGAACCUUGGUCUUAACUAUACUGAUGAAAACAAAUAAGGGAACGUAAUAGGGCGAGGGGGGGAAAGACAUAACUGUUGCUGUACAUGUUUUCCCGUUAUCGCGAGGAGUCGAUGAAAUAUAUAUUUGAUAUCACUUUAUUUCCAGACAAGCCCCGGUCAGUGUACAGUUACACCCAGGAUGGUAUAAUAAUGCCUGCCUCUGAACUUGUUCCCUUAUUUUAUUACAUGAGUAUAUUUGAUGAAAGGGUUAUCUGCAUAUGUCACUGUCUGUCCCGUUGCUAUAGACUCAAUACUCCACACCUUGAGACAAAUAUGCUUUUCUAAUUUGUUUCACUUUUCAUGUAUCUGUUAAUAUAUGUUCUUCUCGAUAAUCACUGAUUAUCUCCAUAGUGCUAUCAUUGAGUCUUUCUGCAAACUUUCAAGUCAUUCUCGUCUCGGCCAAUCCUAGUUUCCUAAAUGAUUACAAAUUCCCCUAAUCGAAUCAGUAAAUGUAUAAAGUAGCAGAAGCUCUAGAAUAAUGUUACACAGUUUUCAUUGUGUUCGCAACACACUGUGAAGAAUAUACACAAUUUACACAAUACACAAUCUAGCACCAAGACUGAGGAACUGGAUCAGGUCCGUCUCUGAGAAUUCUCCUGAGGGGGGCCCCUCGGGCAGCAAUGCGAGGACCCCACGGUCUGGGGCUGUGUGUAUAAUUGUAAGUGUUGCUUCACGUACAAACAUCACCAUUAGGCAGAGAGACAUCAGUGAACGUGAAAAGACUCUGUUUCCUUGGCUAACAUUAGCAGCGCCAACUCCAGGGCGCGGACUGCAGCCGGUGAAGGAUUUGGGCUUAGCGCAGUUCAUGGUUCUCUCAUGUGAAAUCAUCUGAUCUUGACUUGAUCAUUCAUGGGUAUGAUAUCAAUGUAACACAAAGCAAAAUGUCAAUAAAUAUGUCACUAAGUGAGGAAUUGGUAUAUACAUACAAAAUAGUACAUGUCCCUCUAUUUCUUCCCGUCAGUAUAGGUUCGGUUGAUGUUAUGUUAUUACCAAAGGCAGUGUCAGUUAUCCGUAAGGUAUGAUUCAAAGGGGGCGUUAUACCUCAUGAUAAGAAGUAGGAUAUAAGUGUUCAGAAGAAUUAAGCAUUAGUCUGAUUUUAACAAUAUCCAUCAGUUGUGUCUGUCGCUGGCUUGUUCAGUUGGAGGGCGUGUGAAAUUGAAGUGGGAAGGAGUCUCAAGCUCCCACAUCGUCGUUCAAGUACAUCUCUUUGAUGACACCCGGUGUCACGGGUAUGGCGCUGCCAGGCCAACAAUUCUAAACGGGUGCGAACCGGGAUUCGAACUUGUGAUCAUCGGAUCCUAAGGGACACAACUCUGCACAACCCGUGCCCCCUUAACUGUAUGCUCGUCUCUUGUGCCAGCACUGCACAGGGGCAAUGUAACUGGUUAUUGUAGCAUCAUCACUACAGGAACAGUCUAUGUCAAUCUGGCUCUCAGCUGAUCAGGUAACGAUGGAGGGUAGUGAUGCGCCCAGAUGGUAGUACAACGAUACCGUUUGAAGUUCACUGAAGCAAUACCCUUUGGAAACAAUGCGAUAAAUGUGUUCAUCUCUAAAUCAACAGCAAUAGAUGUCGUUCCUUGUUAAACGGGCAGGAUAAAUCUUGGGAGGUUAGCUUCUGAAGAAUGGCAAUACCUCUUCCCUCAGCUGAGGAAGCGCCGUGAACGAUGCGUUCAAUCAGGAACACAGGCAGUGUGUGGAGCCUUUACGACGUUGCGUCAGCGUAAUACAUGUGUGCACAUCAUGCAGUGACCUUGAUGAAGGAACGUAUCGGUGUGUGGAGUCUGUUUGGGAUUUGUGCACGAAUAGCUGAAUACACAUGUUGUGUAAAUGAAUAUGCUGUUGCGUUGUGGAGACAUGAUGUUGCGUUUUGGAGACAUGACCACGCUAAUGUUUUGAAUAGGGAAACGGAUUGGUUAUGUGUUCCUGGCGGGAUUUCAUUCCACCAAUGAACACAACAGAUGUCAACACUUUAUAUAACAAUGAAGUGAACAUUAUGUGUUCUCGUUUGGGGUUAAACCCAAUAGAUGAAAUUUCAAAAGCAUUACCUUUGAAAAAAAUAAUCAUAUUUGCAAAUAUCACUAACGUUUUCGUAGUGUGCAGUGCGGGAAUACAGAGAAGCGUUCAAGUUGAACGUAACGUCAACGCCAGAGUAUAAACAGUCUCCAUUAUCUGUUGAAACAGAUUCCAUUUGGCGUAAUAUACAAAAUAGUGAAUGUAGCACCUGAUCGCUUCUCCAAAACGCAACCUCUUCUUUCCCUACACGUGUUUUCAAGUGCAAAUGCAACAGUGAUAUUCAGUCUGCAUGAAAUUAGAUAUACUAACAAGGAGAGACCCCUGAUCUUACAACAGGUUCAGACACGUAACACUGAUGGUUGUUGAAUCAUAACUCUUGAAACAUUCGCCCUGUUUUCGAUGAUUCUCUUUAAAGAGCUGUUGGCAAAACUUUCAACAAAUCAAGUCCUCUUGUUGGCUUAGCGUUUCCAGUUUCACAACUCGUAAACAUGCAAUACGAAAUUCCACAAGUUAUGAGCACUGUAGCCAACUAGUCGUGGAUUGGUGCUUGCCUUUGAUGUAGAUUUUUCUUGUAAUAGGCGCAGGUAAAUCAAAAAUGGGUUACAUAUUUGUGGCAGACACCGACAGGUUGGACGUACAUAUAUUACGUAAACAAAAUUCAAUUAGAAGCAGCCGUUUGGAAAGUAGUAUUUUUACUCCUUAUUUUUGACGCUCAUGAUUUCUUCUUAGAAAGUAAGCGGUUCUUUGGCGAUUAUCACCUAUUUUCCUUGAAGUUAUGAUGUUUAAUCUCCAAACCUUUAUUUAUGGCUUCACGAAGUUCACAAUAAUAGUGUCUCUAUUCAAAUACAGAACGUUAAACGUUGGCGUUCUGAUUGUUAAUAGUGCAAAACAACAUGCACUUUAUGACUGAACAAAGUCAUAAGGUUUCUUAAUUGUCCGUGUAAUUGUGAAGAUUGCUCAACAGUAAACACCACCAAGUUGCAGUCAUUCGUUGAGAAUCCAGUGAGUGUGAUGAUAAACAAGGGAGAUGGCGUGCACGCCAACCAACACUCAACUGAUGGGUUCAGCCCUCCCUUUACUAGUCAUCGCCCCGCUCAUCGUCACCACUCGCCCCUUUCCGUAACCUGCAAGAAGAUUCGUUACCCUAUCGAUGAAUGUCAUGUGCCCAAACACGACAAACCAAUCAGAAUGCGCGUAUGAUUUCAAUGUCUUCGUCAAAGAAU